ACCUACUUAAAAUUUGUCUUUUAAUACCUUCAUACUUUGUACAUUUAAUUCAUAAGUGUGAGAAUUAGUGUUGAAAAUUAUCUAAUAUGCCUGUAAAAUGUUGUGUGCCUGUAUGUAAAGUUCAAAGUGACGAUCCUGGAGCCAAGAGUUUAUCGUUUCAUCAGUUACCGAAAAACCAAGAAGAGAGAGCCAAGUGGCUGUACGAGUUGAAUCGUUUCUUUCCUACAAAGGACAAAUCGUACUUGUACGUAUGCUCUCAACAUUUUGAAUCAAACUGCUUCAGUCAUACUGGGACAAGGCUGAGAAUAAAAAAAGGCUUCGUUCCAACGAUUUUUGCUGUUGAUCGUUUAAGAACAGCCGAGGAAAAUACCGAUAGCAACUCUGUAGCUGGUGAUGAUUAUCAGAAUGAUGUUGAUACAAAAAAUCAAGUGUUCAUCAAAGCCUGUCCAGAUGACGAGGUUGUUACAGAUCAAGUAUCCAUCGAUGACCGUCGUGUUGCUGAAAUUGCUUCGGAUCAAAUGAUGCCUAAUUAUACCUCUCAGAAUGAUGUAACAGAGCAAGUAUUUAUCAAACCCUGCCCAGAUGAUGAGGUGGUUAUCGAUCAAGUAUCCUCCGAUGAGUGUCAGGCUGAUGAAGAUGCUGUGGAUCACUGUCUAGUUGACAACGCAGCGGAUUACAUUCUCCCUGACAAGCAACACGAAAGCACAGAUUUUACUGAAUAUUCUGUCAAAGAUGCUUGUAGCAAGAAAAAGUGCUCAAAAAGCGUGAGAGCUGUAGAUGUUAGCAACAAAGUGAAGUCAUUAGUAAAUGUGAAUAUUGAUUCUAUUGAAGCUACUACAGCCACUGAAAAACAAAUGAAAUGGUUAUUGUUUUUGGCUCAAAAAGAGAUAUUAGUCAUACGAAGAAGGAAUCGAAUUUUGAGUAACAGGUUGUACCGUUUGCAGAAGAAAGUGAGAUCGCGAAGGAAGAAUUUCGUUACUGAUGAAGUGUUUGACGUUAUCAAAUGCUGUGUGAUGUAA